AUGUCAGAUCACCCCUUGCUCGGUGCAGGCAAACAUUCCCACUAUGGUGCCUCUGACAGAAGCAGUGGUAGUCCAGUGCUUCCUGAAUACGAUGAACAGAACAGACAGAUGGUGGAGAAGAGGCUUCUCCGUAAGUUAGACCUUCGAGUUGCCUUCCUAGUUCUGAUCUACAUUAUGAGCUGUAUGGACCGGACUAAUGCAGCUGCGGCAAGGCUGCGUGGUCUUGAGGAAGACCUCGGUAUGACGGGGAAUCAGUUUAACACACUCAUGAGCAUCUUUUACGUGGGGUAUUUGUUGACGCAGACUCCUUCCAACAUGUUCUUAGAUCGCAUGACGAGGCCAUCGCUGUACCUCUCAAGCUGCAUGGCAAUAUGGGGUGCUAUCACUAUGUUCAUGGGUACGUAUCAUACCAUUCUUAUCUUGCGCCUCAUGCUUGGGUUUGUCGAGGCGGCGUUUUUCCCUGGGGCUAUUUUCCUUCUUUCACGAUGGUACAAGCGCAAUGAGCUAGGGUUCCGCACAGCGCUUCUUGCUUGCGGCAGCUCAAUCAGUAAUGCUUUCAGUGCUCUUAUAGCGUCAGGAAUUUUGGCAGGCCUAGAUGGUACACUAGGUUUUACGGGUUGGAGGUGGCUCUUCUUUAUCGAGGGGAUCUUGACAAUUGUGGUUGCAGUGUCUGCAAUCUGGAUUUUGCCAGAUUUCCCAUCAUCGCCGAGUGUUUGGCUUUUACCUGAUGAACGGACCCUGGCUAAGCGACGGAUGGAGGAGGAAGUUGUGGUCGGAAAUGAGCAUGAAGGCACGUCUGUGGAGGGUUGGUCUGGCCUUGUUGAGGCACUUACAGAUUGGAGGGUAUGGUGGCUUGGUGGUGCUCUUAUUUUGAUGGACGCUUCUUUGUCGUUCCGCAUUUUUUUCCCGACACUAUCUGCUACAAUGGGUUACAAUUCGACCAUAACCCUCUUGCUCUGUGCACCUCCGUGGAUUUUGGGAACUGCAACAUCGUUCCUUGUAGCUAGGCACUCCGAUGCUACUGGCGAUCGCUUCUGGCAUACCGCUGGUCCUCUAUUUGUCGCCAUCCUUGGGUUCAUGAUUGCAUUUUCUACCAUGAAUACGGCCGUUCGAUAUUUGUCCCUAUUCUUUAUGGCUCAGGCCCCAGUUGCACACAUUGUGUCUUUGACCUGGGUUAUGAACACAUUUUCCCGAUCACAGUCGAAACGCGCUGCAGCCAUCGCAUUAGUCAAUGCCAUGUCAUCACUUGGCUACAUCGGUUCAUCGUACUUUUGGCCGUCCCGUUGGGGGCCUUCAUACGCGAACUCAUACGCCAUGUGCACCUUGACGAGCACCAUGUCUAUUGUGAUGUUUUGGGUAUUUAGGAGGCACCUUUCCCAGUGCAAUGAAGCUGCUGAAGCCGAAGAGCAGGCUCUGGGGCUGCUCAAAGGCUUUAGAUAUCUCUUGUAG